GAGCGACGCGGUGACGUCACCCAGAGGGAAGGUGCGACGGGGCAGUGUCGGUGAGCCGACGUGGUGAUAGUUGAGCUCGUUGUUAGGGACUACUUCAGUAGACGUUAGCAUGUUUCGGAGGAAACUGGCGGCCUUAGAGUAUCAUAACAGCAGCGUAUUUGACUGUAAAGAUGAGGUGGGAUUUAGGAAUUUAAUAGUGUGGCUUGAAGAUCAGAAGAUAAGGCAUUAUAAAAUUGAAGAGAGAGGCAACCUUAGAAAUGUGCACAGUAAUGACUGGCCAAAGCACUUUGAAAAGUACCUAGCAGAUGUUAACUGCCCAUUCAAGGCUCAAGAAAGACAGGAAAAUAUUGACUGGCUUCUGGGCUUGGCUGUAAGACUUGAAUACUCUGAUAAUGUGGACAAAUACAAGAAUUGUACAGCAGACAAUGUAAGGAAUGAUGCCACUAAAGGUACUGAUCCACUUAUUAAUUUGGAUGUUAACAACCCGGACUUUAAGGCUGGUGUGAUGGCAUUGGCUAAUCUCUUGCAAAUCCAGCGCCAUGAUGACUACCUAGUAAUGUUGAAGGCAAUUCGUAUUUUGGUGCAAGAGAGAUUAAGCCCAGAAGCCAUUGCAAAAGCAAACCGUUCAAAGGAGGGCAUUACUGUAUCCUUGGAAAAACAUCAUCUUGGCUUUGAUACUGGAGAUGCCACUUUGAAUGAAGCUGCAAGAGUCCUCCGACUGCUGCAUAUCGAGGAAUUACGAGACCUUCAAACCAGGAUUAAUGAAGCUAUUGUAGCUGUUCAGUCAAUAAUUGCUGAUCCCAAAACUGACCACAGGCUGGGAAAGGUUGGAAGAUGAUCAAAAGGUGGACAUUUGACAAUGUGCACAGCUUUGUGAUUUUGAAACUCUGUAGACAAAGUAGAUGCUGAUGAAGGGCAAAGAGUUGUUUGAGUCUGGGUAACUGUUCACUAAAGUAGAAUAAAUGCUAAAAUAUCAGAAAUUAAAAGAUUUGAGUUUAUUGUCAAGUUGGAACAAAGUACAAGAGCGUGAUUACAAGAAUUUUGCCUAGUUAAUCACGUUUCAGGUGAAGUAUAUACACUUUACAAUAGGGAAUAGACAAAGUAUAAAACUAAACUGUUUAGAUUCUGUCAAUUAUUUAUGCCUUACAAGAAAAAUAAUUUGCAUGGAGCAACAUUAAAGCUUAUGCUCUAGCAUGAAACAAAUACAAAAUAAAACAGAUUUUCAAAGAACAAAUUUAUUUAGUCAAAUGUUACUGAUGCAUAAACCAUCUGAUAAUCUGUGCUGAUAUUGCUCACAAUGUUUCAGUGAAUACUACAUCUAGAAAGGCUUAAUUUAUUUUUCUGUGAUAGAAAUAGAGAGUCUUGUAUUGAGCCACUUGAGGAUUGUUUAUGGAGGUGGGUGCUGCUGUUCCCAUCAGAGAAGUUGUUUAAAUUCCAAAUAGAGGAAAGCCUAAACAAAAAUUGGUGCUGCAUGUAUAGAGGGAAUGAUUGAAGGGUGGAAUUACUUUUCAAUCAAUGUGUCUGCUUUCAUCCCAUUAUCUUUACAAUUGCUUGCAGAGGAAGGGUAUCAGACUGCAGUGGCACUUUAUUAACCUGGCAUUUGUAAGCUGUUUCAAUUUGAUUGUGAUGCCUCAAGAAUUAUUCAAAGUUAGAUUGAAACAAACAUUUUCACAAAACUGUCUGCUGCCAGGCUAUAAUUAACAAGUUCAAAGCUUAAUUCUGUUAUCUAAAAGGCUACAAUAGCUAAGGGAACAGACCUCCUUCAUAACAUAUUAGAUUUUGCAGCAAUAUAUAACUUUCAUGAAUCAGGCAUUCAUAUGCAUGAUUGCAUUCGUAUGAACCUAAAGAUACAGAAUCAGGAAGAUGUGCUUAGCUCCUUUUAAUGUUUUGCUACAUAAGUAACCAGAACAAACACACCCUGAAAGUUCAUUCAAGAGCAAGUAAAAUUUAAAGUCUAAUUAACCUCUCUAGCACUGACAAUUCACUUAUUUAUCUCUUUUCUCUAGAUGAUAAUUGUUGUAAUUACUCUCAAAUAUUUUAGUGUGUUGUGUGCAAUCCAGAAUUUGAAAUUCAUCAUUUAGACUUUAAAUCAAUUCCAUAAAGUUCAAAGAAGAUGCAAAUUGAAGAGAUCAUGGAAUUUUCUACAAAAAUUAUCAAAAGGUAAGCAUUUUUCUUUCAACCUUUUGUAAUAUUUGUGAAUAAUCAUAUUGCAGACUUGCAAAUAAUACUUAUUAAAAAUAGGUCAAAUCCCAUGUAAACCCUUCUCAGGUUGGAUGCUUGUAACAAACUAUUUUGGUCAUAUCUUUCAGUUGUGGGCCCACUAUACCUUAAUGAUGAAAAAAAAAGUUCUCAUCAGGCUUCUAUCCCUGCCAGUUGAUUUUUUUUUAUCUGCCUCUGCUUCCCUUUUAAGUUUGACUAUAGCACUGGUCAGAAUUCCAGUAGAGAAAUGUGUUCUAAGAGAUUGAGAACCACAGAAAAGCAUCGCCACAUCAAUUGCAGAAUCACUGGAUAUCUUUAAUAUAACUCCUUAAAAUCUCCGAGUGACAUAAAUACUGCAAACUACAUGUUAAUAAACGAUCUAACUGCCAGGAAAAUUAUUUGCUUCCCUUAUUUAAUAACCUGAUUUUUUUUUUAAUGCAACCAUAGUAAGAACAUCUUUCUAAUUGUUUCAGUAUUGGAAUAAGACAAAAGUUAGAAAUGCUUUGCAAGGAUUUAGUGCAGUUCUUUUUGUCCCUUUGAAAAUUAAAGACAGCAAAGAAUUUUGGCAUGUUUUUCAUUUGGAUCUUUCUUUGAAGGGAUUUUUACACUCAACAUUGCUUUAGCAAAAGUACUCAAGUACAAUUUGAAUUACUAUAAACUCACAACAGAAACUUGACUUUCUGGUUCUAGUCCGUACAUUAUUAGGUUAUCACACUUCGAACAAUUGCAACUUUGCUGAUAUACAUUUCACAAAAAUCCAAUUGCUGCUUUAUUUCAGAUUAUUACCCACAUAAUGUACCCCUCUCUAGUCAAUGUUAUCUAGUGUUAGUUAGUUCACAUCAAGCAGCAACUAAUCUUGUGUGUUUUGUUAUCAAAAAUGCUGUAUUCAAACAAUUAAAGUUCUUAACUUGACCAGGCCAACAAUUCUUAUAUGACUCAUCUGAUAAACUUCAAUUUUAUUGUCCCCUUUUAGUGAUAGAUGUGCUGACUUUAAGGUGAUUAGGAUAAUAUAGAAAUGCAAUAAUGGAAAAGGAAAUAAAAGACUUUUUAGUUACCUUAGAAAACUUACUUCCCUUAAACUGCCUCUAAAGUGCUGUA